CAAUGAAGCAGCGGAAUGGAAAGGACACAGAGGAUUCGAAAAGAUUGAAAAUCAGGAAGUAAAGAAAGCAAAAAUAAGGUCGUUUGAAUUGGAGUAGAAUUGAAAAGGAGAGUUGAUGAGAUCGCCGUCGCCGUCGGACAUCGGAGUGGAAGGCUCCGCCCUUUCUUCGACUCCUCCUCUGCCUCUCUUCCCUCUCUGCGGCGCUCCCACGCUUCGCAACCCUAAUCUCGACUCGCCCCACGGGCUCUCCGUCGCCCACAAGCGUCCCAUCGUCACCCCUUCCGCCACCGCCCCCGCCCCCGCCGCCGCCGAGUCCUGCCGAGUCUUGGUCCCCUCGGUCGUCGCCGCUCCGCGCCGCCUGGCCUCGUCCGCCGUCCGCCACAUCUUCCGCCGGCUCCAGCUCCGACUCCGCUUCUUCCUCCUCCUCUCCUUCCCCUUUCUUUACCAUCUCCUUUCCUCCUCCGGCGCCGGCAGCGGCGACGCCGUCCCGGGAAGAUCUUUCCUCCUCGAUUUCUUCUCGGCCCUUGCAUUCUCGUCUGUUCUUCUCCUCGUCCUGUGCGUCUCCUUUAACGUCCUCCCCUUACCCUCCUUCCGCCUCCUCCUCUCCCGCUCCUCCGCCCGCCUCCUUCCCAGUCAUCCGGCCCCAGCGAGCCCCGUGCUGUGGUCCAUUGGGAGCUGCUCGUCCCCCGGAAAGCUCAAGGGUGAUCUUCGCCUAGCGUCGGGGUCCGUCGUGCAGGUCUACAACAACGGGGAUGUCUACGAGGGAGAGUUCCACCGAGGGAAAAGCACGGGAAGCGGGGUGUACUAUUACUCUAUGAGUGGCAGGUAUGAAGGCGAUUGGGUUGAUGGGAAAUACGACGGGUAUGGUGUUGAGACCUGGGCUCGAGGCAGCCGGUACAGGGGUCAAUACAGGCAAGGGCUCCGGCAUGGGUUUGGGAUAUAUCGCUUCUACACCGGCGAUGUGUAUGCUGGGGAGUGGUCAAACGGACAGAGCCACGGGUGUGGGGUGCAUACAUGUGAGGAUGGAAGCCGAUUCGUCGGGGAAUUCAAAUGGGGAGUAAAGCAUGGCCUUGGCCAUUAUCAUUUCAGGAAUGGAGACACAUAUGCUGGGGAAUAUUUUGCAGACAAGAUGCAUGGCUUUGGAGUGUAUCUCUUUGCCAAUGGACAUCAAUAUGAAGGUGCAUGGCAUGAAGGCAGGAGACAAGGCUUGGGAAUGUACACAUUUCGAAAUGGGGAGACACAAUCAGGUCAUUGGCAAAAUGGUGCCCUUGAUACCUUGAGCACUCAGAGCAUUAAUCUUUGCUCUCCUAUCGCUGUUAACCAUUCAAAAGUUCUAAAUGCUGUUCAGGAAGCUAGAGGAUCAUCCAAAAAAGCUUAUGAUGUGCCCAGGGUUGACGAUAAGGUGAACAAGGCUGUUGCUGCAGCAAACAAAGCAGCUAAUGCAGCUAGAGUUGCUGCAGUUAAAGCUGUUCAAAAGCGCAUCCCUGGUAAUGGAGAUGACAUAGGCAACCACAUUGUAUGAAGCACUUUGCUUUCUUUGUCUCAUAACUAACUCUUGAUAGAGUUAAAUAGCAUUUCAUCUAAGGCAAAUCGUGAAAGUUGAGAAGUCGGCUGCCAACAAAUUUUAUGCCCAGCACCCUCACAACUCAUCCUCUAGAAAUGGCCCUGCUCUGGACUAGCAGAUAUCAAAGGUGGCUGGCAUCGGACUUGGCCUUCUUGCUUACUUUAUGUAAUAGGAAAAAAGUUGCGAUUGUCCAUAUCUUUGAAGGUUCCACCGAACGUAACUAGAGGAACAUGUCAAUAACCGAUAGAGAUGGUGAGAUCGAUCAUGAUUGCAUGAUUGUUGUACGUGCAACUACGUUGGAAAAUCUUGAACGAGGUAUGUUGAAAUCAUGAUAUUUCAGAGGGCAAGUGGUGGAUUGCUUGUGAUGAGUUCGCUAUUUGUUCUUUGAUGUUGGAUUUGAUUUAUCAAUGGGAGAAAUGUAUUUUUUGUAUGCACUUUUGUAAAAGUUUUAUUUUGUCAAAAUACCUCAGUAAUUUUUUUCUGUUGGGAAAUAAGAGGAGUAUAUGUUUAGAAUCAUGAU